AUGCUGGUGACCUAUUUGGAAGCCAGCCAGGACCUUUGCGAGACGGACUCAAUUCUUUUUGGCGCCGCACUGGCAGUAUGCCGUAUUAUUGGCGCCAAACUUCCCAUGGCUGCACGUGCUACUCAACAAAGUAGCGCCAUCCCAGCCUGGAGAAAAAGAAUCGAGGACCGUAUCGCAAAGGCAAGGACCCUUAUCGGCAGACUGACAAGCUUCAGGUCGGGUAAUAAUAGACCGAGAGUUGUGCGCACCGUUAGAAUGUCGUUUGUUUGGACAAAUAUUAGUUUUUCCCAGCCGGAUAUCACGCAGAAACUAAUGGAGCGUAUAGAUGACCUGAAGCAAAAAAUCGCUGCUUGGGGGAAGCGGAUUCGACGAUUUAGCGAGAGGUCAAGGCGGUUCAACCAGAAUCGUCUCUUCCAGAGUGAUCAGAAGAGGCCCUAUAAGUCAUUGGAGCGACCAGAGGUAUGUGGAGCGGGCCCAGGACCGGAUCAGGCCGACACUGUCGCAUUUUGGCGUGGCCUGUGGUCAGAGCCCGUAAACCACAGCGAGGGCCCUUGGAUGGAAGUUGUGGCGAGCCAGAGUGCAAGUGUUACGCCUAUGGACCCCGUCACCAUAACGCCUGAAGACGUGGCUGAGGCGGUCCGUAGGGCCCCGAACUGGAAAAGUCCGGGGCUCAACGGGCUGCAUCAUUACUGGCUGAAGGGGUUCGUAGUGUGUCACGCUGUGCUCGCCCGACAGUUUCAAGAGGCUCUCGAUCAGAAGUCGCUCCCGAGCCUCUUCACAACUGGGAUCACUCACUUGGUUCCUAAAGAUCAGGAUAUACACGAGCAAAUACCGCCCCAUCACGUGUCUACCCACCAUAUAUAA